ACCUCGUAAACAUCAUGGCGGCGUUCGUGAGGCGUUUUGGUGUAGUGGGAGAGCAUUUCGUAAAGAACUUAAUAAAAACAAAUGCAGUGAAAAAGGCGGUUCGCCAGCAGUCCACACCAGCCGCAGCAGAGGUGGCGUUAAACGUACCAGAGACGAAAGUCACCACACUGGCAAAUGGCCUUAGAGUGGCUUCGGAGGACUCUGCACUGCCCACAUGCACGGUUGGCCUGUGGAUAGACGCUGGGAGUCGAUAUGAGAACGAGAGGAACAACGGGACAGCCCACUUCCUGGAGCACAUGGCUUUUAAGGGCACAAAGAAGCGUUCUCAACUAGACCUGGAGCUUGAGAUAGAGAACAUGGGAGCUCAUCUAAAUGCCUAUACUUCCAGAGAGCAGACCGUAUACUACGCCAAAGCCUUCUCUAAAGACCUCCCCAGAGCUGUGGAGAUUCUCGCUGACAUAAUCCAGAACAGCACCUUGGGGGAGGCAGAGAUUGAGCGUGAGCGUGGCGUAAUCCUGCGAGAGAUGCAGGAAGUUGAGACUAACCUACAGGAAGUUGUCUUUGACUACCUGCAUGCGACAGCAUACCAGGACACUGCCCUAGGAAGAACCAUUCUUGGACCUGCAGAAAACAUCAAAACUAUAAACAGAGCAGACCUUUUGGAGUACAUUACAACGCACUACAAGGGGCCAAGGAUCGUGCUUGCUGCAGCUGGGGGUGUGUGCCACAAUGAACUAAUCGAUUUGGCUAAAUUUCACUUUGGAAAGCUGCCAGCCCGAUACAAGGGUGAGGCACCAGCGUUACCCUCCUGCAGAUUCACUGGAAGUGAGAUUCGAGUCAGUGACAAUAAGAUGCCACUGGCCCACAUAGUGAUCGCAGUGGAGGCCGUGGGUUGGUCCCACCCUGACACCAUCCCGCUCAUGGUGGCCAACACGCUCAUCGGGAACUGGGACCGCUCCUUCGGCAGCGCCGUGAACCUGUCCAGCAAGCUGGCACAGGUGGCGUGCCAGGGGAGUCUGUGCCACAGCUUCCAGUCCUUCAACACAUGCUACACAGACACGGGCCUGUGGGGGCUGUAUGCCGUGUGCGAGCCAGGCACCGUGAGCCAGAUGAUGCACUUCACGCAGCAGGAGUGGAUGUCGCUGUGCACCAGCGUGACGGAGAGCGAGGUAGCAAGAGCGAAGAACCUCUUGAAGACCAACAUGUUGCUUCAUCUGGACGGUUCCACACCUAUCUGCGAAGACAUCGGCAGGCAGAUGCUGUGCUAUGGACGCAGAAUCCCACUGCACGAACUGGAGGCCAGGAUAGAUUCCAUAGACGCAAACACCAUCAAGCAGGUGUGCACAAAAUACAUCUACAACAAAGCCCCUGCAAUAGCAGCCGUUGGGCCUAUUGACCAGCUCCCAGACUACAACCACAUCCAGAGUGGGUUGUACUGGUUAACCUGAAGAGAAAGGAUGGGCUUCACACUGCCUGCACAUUCACAUAUACAGAGUUACAAACGAGGAGCAUUUAUGUAGUGAGCAUUUUCUUUAUAUUUUAUUAUAAAAUAAAGAACAAACACAAUAACAUUAAAAGAACAAGA